AUGCCUGAAAGAAGGUGGGUGGAACGAUCUUCGGACCAAGUAAUCAAACCAGUAAACAUGGAGGCCCUUAGCAAGUGGGUUGGAAACAUACCCGAUGACGUAGUGCGGGAUAUGGCGGACAUAGCGCCUAUGCUUUCUGUCUUGGGUUAUGAUCCCUAUGCGAAUCCACCGGAAUAUGGAAAACCAGAUGAUCAGGUUGCUCAAAAGACAAAAGACAUCCUACGCAACAAGAACGUCUGGGACAAAAAAGCCAAAGAAAUGUUCAGCCUCGGGUGGGACAAUGGAGGUGACACAGGUAUGGACAAAGACCCCAGCGACAAUCCGAACUUGACGUGA